AAGGUGGAGCUGGUGUGGCACACAAAAUCAAAACCUGACUUGCAGGUAGAGGAAAGCACAUUCAUAAUGUCUUUCUGCUCCCCUCACCAUGUGCUUCUUAACUGUCCUAAAUAGCAUUGUGCCGAAGUUCAGUGCGCAUAAACACGGACAAUAGAGGACCAAGGGCAUUGUGCAAUUCGUCAAGGGGGUAAAACCCACUAGUUUCACAUUACAGAUAACAAGCUAAGGCCAGAAAAGCUUCAGACCAGAGGAGGAACCAGACGCAGACACAGACACAGCAGAUCUGUUUUAUUUGGAGAGGUAAUGGAGUCGGGUCAGAAUGCUGAGGUUAAGACCUCUCAGAUCUACAAAAUGACAGCCGCUGACCCCCACACGCAUCGGAGGGUCGUGUCCAAAGAUGGCCACAACAAGGUGAGGAUUGACAACGUGGAAGGCAUGGUCAAGCUCUACCUCCACGACAUCUGGACCACUGUGGUAGACAUGAAGUGGCGCUACAAACUGACACUUUUCUCUUCAACCUUCGUCAUGACAUGGUUCAUCUUCGGCGUCAUCUUCUUCUUCAUCGGGAUGGGGAACGGGGACUUUGAGCCCGAGCGGGCGUUCAACCACACGCCCUGCGUGAUGAACGUGGAGACACUGACCGGUGCCUUCCUCUUCUCCCUGGAGUCCCAGACCACCAUUGGUUAUGGCUUCCGCUACAUCUCGGAGGAGUGCCCCUUUGCCAUCUUCACCCUGGUGGCCCAGCUGGUCAUCACCGGCCUGGCGGAGAUCUUCGUCACCGGGGCCUUCCUGGCCAAGCUGGCCCGCCCCAAGAAAAGGGCAGAGACCAUCAAGUUUAGCCACUCAGCAGUGAUCUGCAGAAAGGACGGAAAGCGUUGCCUUAUGGUCCGGGUGGCCAACAUGAGGAAGAGCCUACUGAUCCAGUGCCAGGUGACUGGUAAGCUGCUUUUCCCCCACGAGACCAUGGAGGGUGAGAAGACCCUCAUCAGCCAGACGGGGGUGGACUUCCGGCUGGACUCCAGCAGCGAAUGCCCCUUCCUCAUCCUGCCGCUAGCCUUCUACCACAUCAUCGAUGAGGCCAGCCCGCUGUGGGGCCUCACGGCUGAGAACCUGCGCACCAGGGACUUUGAGCUGGUGGUGACCCUCAACGCCACCAUGGAGUCCACAGCCGCCACCUGCCAGAGCCGCACGUCAUACAUCCCCCAGGAGAUCAUGUGGGGUUACGAGUUCCAGCCCGUGCUCUUCACCUCCCCCGGAGGGAAAUACAUGGCCGACUUCAACUACUUUGACAAAGUGAAGCGCUGUGCUGACCUCACCCUGUUCACCCACAACCCGGAGAAACUGAGACUAGAGGAAGAGUACAGGAAGGAACGAAGUGACUAAAAACAGACUGUGUCUAACUGUGGCACCAUUUUGUCAUAAGAUCAUAAAACAAAGUAAUGAUACAGCAAUAAUAAUAAUAAUAAUAAUAAUAAUAAUAACAGCAGUGAACAAACAGAAAAUGUGUUAAAUGUAAUAUAUAACAGAAAUUUGGAGGAUGGUGUUUUCAUAUUGGUAAAUACUGAAGGAAAUGGUUUAGAGACAGUGUGUAGUGUUGAAGGGGUGUACUGUACAUUUCCAAAUGCUUAUUAAGAUUAAAAUGUAUUUGGAAAUCA